AUGGCCACGAUGAAAGCUCUAGUUGUAACUCCCAAGGACAAGCUUGUGUCUGUCCUAGAUGUUUCCAUUCCGGAGCCAGGACCCGGAGAAAUCCUAAUUCGUGUCGGCGCAGUCGCCCUGAACCGCGUCGACUGGCUUUAUACGGCUAACCCCGUGGCCUCCCAGGAUUACCGUGUGGUUGGCAGCGAUUUCGCGGGUAUUGUCACGAAAGUUGGCAAAGGCAUCGAACAGCUCCCGGAUCAGCGGGUUCAAGUAGGGGCGCGUGUUGCGGGCUUUGUGCAGGGUGCCUGCUCAGUAAAUGAACGAACAGGGGCAUUUGCCCAGUAUGUCGUUGCUGAAUGGGAUUUGACGUGGGCCGUUCCCGCAACGAUGUCUCUAGAAGAGGCGGCAACUGUUAGCAUGUGUGGUCUUACAGCCGCGCAAGGCGUCUUUAGCCGCCUACAACUUCCGUGUCCAUUCAAUACGACCGAAGGCUUUAGUCGGCUUGGUACGCAACCUGGAGAGCCUGUCAAUGUUUUGAUCAACGGAGCGACAUCAUCUUUGGGACUCUUCGCCGCGCAAUUGGUUAGGCUAAGCCAACAGUGCUCCCAAACCCCAGUACGACUUAUCGGUAUAGCUAGCGCAUCCAAACACGCCUUGCUACAAGAAGCCCCGUACAGCUACGAUCAUCUAAUUGAUUACCGACAUACUGGUUGGCCCGAACAGGUGAAGAAGAUUUGUGAAUCUAGCCAUGGCGUUCACUUUGCCAUUGACGCCGUCUCCGUUUCACCGACAGUUGAACAGGUUGAAAGCACCCUAGCCCCUAACGGUCGCUUUGCCGUAUACCGGAGUCCGGCUCUUGGAAAAUUCGACAUUACAAAGCUAAAGAUCAAGCCGCUUAUCGGGGCUGUGUGGGAGGGUUUGGGUGUAGAGAUUGGCUAUCAAGGUGCAAGUAUACCGGCGAAUCCAGCAGCCCGCCAAUUUGCAGCAAGCUUCUUCACCUUCCUUGGCACUGAAGGUUCGCACGGGGAGCCGAGAUUGGUAGCCAAUCCAAUUCGCAAAAUGACCGGCGGUCUUGAAAAUAUCGCAAAAGACGGUCUUCCACUUGUCGGGCCAAAUACGCCUGCCGGCGUUCGACCUGUCAGCGCUGAAAAGGUUGUCUAUACUAUUCAGGAGAUUAGCUAG